CCUCGCCAUGCGCACACGUACGCCCUAUGGCGCGUCGCCUGGCGCUGCUCGCGCUGCUCCCGCUGGCGCUGGAGUGUGCGGUUGCGGCGCACCGGCCGUCCGUCUCGCCCACACUCGCUCACCAUGCACAAUACGACUACGACUCCCUGGACCCAUUCGCCGUUUGGGACGACUACAAUCCCUACGAAACGUCGCCCGCCCCGAGUCUAGAGGCCGAUAAACCGAGUGCCAAAGUUAUCCUUAGGGGUCAUGUUCCAAAAACUAAUGUGUCUACGAUAAAUAGCAAAGGUCGAGAUAAGAAUAAAGUUAUUAAAACUAGUAUUAAAAUAGAGAGUUAUACGAACAUUAUAGUGACUAAGUCACCCCAAGUUAUAAAUAGAAUUAAAGUGGUUGCGGGCACGAAGUUUCCGCAUCAGCCUACGAAAGUCCCUGUCGCUCAAGGCUGGGAGGAGGACCUGGAUCAGAAGCCGUCUUCGACUACGAAGCGGUCGACGGCGCCCCGGUCUACUACCCCUCAUCGUGCAGCCACAACCGUGCGCCCCACGAAAACCACACGUCGGGCCACCAUCCCGACGGUUCCUUCUCGUCGACCGACGCCUUCUCGUCGACCGGCAAACAAGCCUCGCACGACGACGAAAAAGCCCAAACCUCUGAAAAAUAAGAAGCCGUGCUCACAAAAAAAUGUCGGAUGGGUGUCGUCAUUCUUUCAAGGAAAUGAUUUGGAAAAAUCGCCGAAAAAUGAAGUUAAAUCAGGUUGGUUUGUAGGUAUAUUCUCUUCAAUAUAUAAAUGGCUAUGGGGUCGAUCAUCGUGGUUUGGUGGCGUAUGGUUAGACGAUACUCAGUCGAAACACUCAACUACCACAUCAACAACUGCUGUCCCCCUAACCACGUCCACCGAUAACUGGUUCCAAGCCAUGUUACAUUCAGAAGAAAACGAUGACUCGUUACCUAGUCAAUCUGUCAAAAAGCCACCGAAGAAAUCUCUCAAGAAGAAUUACAAAGGAUUUCAAUUACUAAGAGCAUAUCCAGACGUGCAAUGGAAAGUUCAGGAAAUGUUAGAUUUACAAGAAGAGGGCCAAGGCUCAGGCUUAAUGUGGUGGACCUCACCAUCGCUCAAUGGUUCUACAGAUCUCUUAGUUCCGCCUGAUCUUCUUGAAGAUGUGAGAGCUCAUUUGAAAUCGAACAAAAUAGAAUUUGAUGUGAUAAUUUAUGAUUUGCAGAAAGCAAUAGCUUACGAGAACCCAAGACUCUCUAAAAAACAAAGAAUCGAGCUGGAGCAACUGCGCGGUCACCCAAUGACUUGGCGGCGAUACCACCGCUAUGCGGACAUCCUUCGCUAUUUAGAAUACUUGCAACAUUCGAACUCAGAUAUUGUGGAAUUGGUGCCUUUAGGUCGAUCGUCAGAGGGCCUACCACUGGUUGCUGUCAAGGUUUCUCUGCCAUCAAAUGAAACACAAGCCAAAGAACUAGGAAGAAAGAGUCAAAAGCGAUGGCGUUUGAAGUCUUUUAUGAAGCCAGCUAUUUGGUUGGAAGGCGGUGCUCAUGCCCGUGAGUGGAUAGCGCCAGCAGUAGCCACCUGGAUGCUACACGCUUUAGUGGAAGGCGAAAAAGGUUUAGGUCCUGAUUACGAGCUGCUAAAAAUGGCGGACUUUUACAUCUUGCCAGUAUUGAACCCUGACGGCUAUGAACAUUCGCAUACGCAUGACAGACUGUGGAUGAAAACGCGUUCCCGCUUCGAUGAUCGUUCCGAUGACUAUUAUGUAGGCUGGUUUCCGUGGAACUGGGGCAGAACUGAAUGCGUGGGCGUGGACACUGACCGCAACUGGGACUACCGCUGGGGUGAAAUGGACUCAUCGAGAGACCCCUGUGCGGAUAACUAUGCGGGGCCCCAUCCAUUCAGCGAACCCGAGACUAGAGCUGUAUCGGAGUUCCUUGCAGAACAUAGAAGACAAAUCAAGGUGUAUUUAUCUUUUCACGCCUAUACCCAAACGUGGUUAACGCCAAGUACCGAGGCGCUAACGUCUUAUGGCGACGACGGAAUUAUGUUGGAAAUGGGAAAACUAGCUACAGCCGCACUGGCUGAUAUGUAUGGAUCUAAAUACCAGGUUGGAACAGCUGCAGAGUUUCGUCAGCCGGCGUCUGGCAUGUCACAUGAUUGGGCCAAAGCUCGCGCGGGCAUCAAAUUUUCCUACCACGUCGAUUUGCGCGACUCUAUCGGACGCCACGGUUUUUUGCUGCCCGGUUCGCAAAUCGUACCAACAGCGCGCGAAACCUGGCAAGCGGUCAAAGCGAUUGUUGAUAAUUUAACGCCCGGAUAAAAAAGUUAUCGAUUUCUAGAUAUCUGACACACUUAUCGAGUUGUAGAAACUUAUCGUCAGACGGAAUAUAUUUACUAUCGAACAUGAAAGAAGGUUCUAUGCGCCUGAUAAACUAUUAAUCAUAAACAAGUUCGAAACUUUACAAAUUAAAUAUCACGUGAAAAACUUGAAUUAAAAAGUAGGUAAUAAGAGGAUUUUGAAUUGAUAUGUUGUUUUAAAAUUGGUUUAGUGGCAUGGCAAUUUUUAUGACGGCGGGUAAUUAGACCUGAAAUAAUAGAAUUGGUGGGAAUAUCUCGGCCCGAAAUUGUACUGCAAAUUUGCUCAAAAAUGCAUUUAAAAUGUAAUUAUAAG